AUGUUGCCAAUCGAAAAAGUCCAGUGCACAAUUCGCCUUGACACUCUUGAAGCAAUAUGUCGCUUGGGAGAAGGAGGGUUUUCGACUGUGACCCUCACCAAAGAUACAUCAACCGGGUCCUUCUUCGCGAUGAAGACUAUGGAUAAGUCGUCGGUUGUGAAAAAUGCACUCGCUCGCAAGGUUGUGACGGAGAAACACCUUCUAGAACGUGUCGCCCAGUCACCUUUCUGUCUGCGCCUUCAUGCGACAUAUAUGGACGAUAAUUUCAUUUACAUUCUUACGGAAGUUGCUGAAUGUGGCGACUUAAUGGAACACAUGAUCAAUCUCAACAUCAUCCCAUACAUCAAUGCACGGUACUACACGGCAUGUCUCUGCUUGGGUAUUGCUCAUUGUCACCAGGCCAAAUUUGUCCACCGCGACGUCAAACCUGAGAAUUGUCUCGUUUUUGCCAACGGUCGUGUCAAGCUUGGUGAUUUUGGUCUAUCCAAGGAGCUACCUUACAGCGUUGACCUCGGCGAUGGCACGCGCAGUGUUUGCACGUUGGCAUUUACCAUGUGUGGCACGCCUGAGUUCCUCGCCCCCGAAUUCAUCUUCUCGCGGGGCUAUGAUCAACGUGUGGAUUGGUGGGCUUUUGGUUGUGUGCUUUAUGAGAUGCUUUUUGCGGCCUCGCCAUUCGUAACCAACGACCUAAAGACGACAUUCACCAGGAUCUGCGAUGCCGCCAGUGGAAAGCUGCCCUCGAAUAUGAAGGACGAUCUCAGCCAGACGGAUGAAUCUGCUGCCAGCUUCCUUAAGGGGCUUAUCUGCAACAAGGAAACUCGCCUUGCGGGUUCAGGAAACCUUGGCGAGAUCACUGAGCACCAAUACUUCGACAACUUUCGAUGGGAUCAGUUUCGUGCAGAGACCAUGAAGCCGCCACCAGUCCCACCGAAUAAAGUCCUGGAGGCUAAGCCUGAUUUUGCGGGCUUCUUCCAGAACGAGAUUUCUCCCUUUGAAGGUGAUAACUCAGAAUUUGCAGGUUUCAUAUAG